AUGAGAUUUGCGUCAUUCUGCCGAUGGCAAGAGACUAUUAACCUUUGUUCCCUGAUUUUGAUGGGAAAUUUCUGCGUUUAAAAUAAACUCGGGCAUUGGUCUUUCUCUGUUGUGUUUCUUUGUCUUGUGUAGCUUUGCCUUUGCUCAAGCUAACAUUUUUAGAGGUAGAACAUGAAUAUUUUUUGUGGUACUUGUUUUGCUGACUUCUAGGCAAGUCUCAGUGCUUCAGCAGUGUCCAGAGCCCUGCUUUGUUCUCUGCUGAGAAGGGAGCAGUAAUUCUUGGUCCGUGUGCUUUGGCCUAGGAGGUGCAGCUGUAGCUGGAGGCUUUAGCGAUGUGCCUGGCCCAGGUGUAGCACGGCAGCAGCUGGUUGCAGAGCUGGUGGAGGUGUGUCCCAUGGCAGAGCAGAAGAGGCAGUUGACACCUGAGGAGAUGGGCCCUGACCCCCUGUGAGUUUGCAAAGCUAAAGGGCUCCGCAGGAGGGUCAGAUCACUCGCUCUUGCUGCAGUCAUGUGCUGCUUUUUUUUUUUUUUUUCCCCCUUGCCAUCUGCCAGAGUUUCGCUUCUGUGCCCCUGGCAUCAGGGCUGAAAGUCUGAUGUAUUUGUGGGUUACAGCAUGAGCCACCCUGUGGGAACAUCAGCCCCCACGCUCGGGAAUUCCACUCGGGGCGAUGGGGUUAUGCAACUUCCUUGCUGGUGAGGGGGAGGAUGGGUGUGAAGGCAAAAUGAAUGUUUGUGAAGCUUGUUGGAGAUCAGUAGAGUACCUAGCUGUCUUAAAGUUACUUGACAGAUAUUGAGGUGCUUAUUAAUGCUAUUGCUGCAUGCUAAGUUCAAGUAGAAGAAAAAAUAGUAAUUUAAUAAAUGAAAAAUGUAGGUGUUUACCAGUAUAUAACAGGUAGUGAUGAAUAAGGCAGUGAGGUGAUCAUAUUGCACUUUGUUAGGGCUUACUUCCUCUGCCUGCAUGAAAGUUUAACUUCUCUUAAGGCCCAUUAGCGUGAACUACAGUGAAUUAUCUGCUUUCUCAGGAUUUUAAACUUGCAAUCAAAGAAUAAUUCAGGUUGGAAGAGACCUUUGGAGGUUUCUAGUCCAACCCCCUUGUUCAGAGGAGGAUGCUCAGGGUUUUGUCUUGAGUAUCUCUGCAGAUGGAGGUCCCACAAUGUCUUUGGACCCCUGUUCUGGUAUUUGACCAAUCCCAUAGUGAAAAAAACCCAACACCUAACUGAAAUUUCCUGCAUUUCAGUUGCACCCAUUGCCUUUUUUCCAAACACUGUGCACUUUUGAGUGGAGCCUGUCUCUGUUCUCUACACCUUGUCAUUAUCAAGCUAUAGAAAGCAGUAAAAUCCCUCUUAUCCCUUGUGUCUUCAUGCUGAACAAACCCAGUUCUUAGUCAAGCUUGUCUAAGUGCUCGUGGUCCUUAAUCAGCCAAGUAUUCAGUGAGGGCAUUGCAUGUAUUAAGGAGUAUUAACGAGUUUACUUCAUUCAUCUGAAGUGUUCAUAGUAAUUUUAUACAUGUUGCAUUAUAAGCAUGGCUGACAGCCACAGGAAAGCAGUCACAUUUUCCUGUUGGUAUGUAAGUUCAGAGUGAUGAAACAGUGUUGAGGGACAGGAACUUCAUCCGGCUUGUGCAUGUACAGAUCCUAGUGAAAUACAGCUCUCUCUGAAAGUAGAUGCUGGAGUGAUCUGCGCGUUCAUCAAAAAGAGGAGUCUUGCAUCUUGGAACACUGCUGUGUGCUCACCCUGUUGAGAGCUGCUGGCACGUAUUAGCGCUCUGCUGGAAGAGUGGUUAUUUUAUUACCUUUUACCUGAAAAUCAGCAUUCUGCUUCCAUUGUGCUAGUGCCUUUGAUGGGGUGGAACAGAGCAGCUGUUGCAGGAUCCACCUUGCCUUGGAAACAGUUAAUUUACAGCCUGGCUUUUUGUGCUGUUUUCCUUACCUUUCUUACCUAUUACUGUCCCCCAGCUACAGAAGGGUGGUGCUAGUUUUUGCUGUAUCACAGUAAAAGCUGUAGCAAAGUCUGUCCAUGCUGGAUGUUACUAGAUUUUAGUUUUUCCUCAGCCCGGCAUCCUCUGGCGCUAGGUGCUGUCUUGAGGCAGGACAGAGCGCUGUCCCUGUGCCUGGGGGCUUGCAGCCAGGUGCUGGCCUGCUGCUGCCUUCUGCAGCACCCAGAUCUGAGGAUGGAGGGUGGUGUAUUGUGCUGCUGCUCUGAAGGUUCAGGCCAACAUCAUGGAAAUGGCCUCAGGUUGUGCCAGGGGAGGUUUAGAUGGGGUGUUAGGAAAAAUUUCUUCACUGAAGGGGGGUGUCAAGCGCUGGAACAGGCUGCCCAAGGAAGUGGUGGAGUCCAGCCUAAAUAAUUCUAUGAAAACAGGAGGCAGCAGGUGACGUGGAGUGGGCAGAUCUUCAGGGUGAGGUGCAGAGAGCUUGCUGCUCACCAUUGCCUGUGAAAGAUCGGCAGCAGGCAGGCUGUGUGUGGUGUGCAGCCCCCAGGGACUCAUUAGCACCCAGCACCGAGGCUGCAGUACUGCAGCAGUGCAGGAAAGAGGUGCUUUUCAUGCCAAAACAUCCUGGGGCUUUCAGCUGGAAGGGGAAAGAGUCACAGUUAUGUGAAUGCAUUUGCAUAUAAUAUCAAAGGUUUUGCUGCUAAUAGAUUGCAGGUCAAAAAGGAAUUUUGUGCUCCCUUUUGAAGCAGGUUUUUCUGAAAAAUGUUGUGUCACAGGGAAGUGUGUCUGUGCUUGAAAGAGGACACAGGUGAGCACACUUUGUCUGGGAGGAGCCCAGCAGACCUUGCUUUAAGCCAAAGACGAGGGAGUGGGGAGAAGAGAAGCAGACUGGAGUAGAUGGAGCAAUCUGCCAAGAUGGGGAAAAAAGUGACACGAAGGCCGGGCACAGCAGAGCAGAGGAGAGCAAGUGAAGGUGCAGCCAACCAGGAUGCUCUGAGAGAAAGAAUGUUUACUGGAGAGCAUGUGCUCCCUUCCCCAGCUGCUAAGGCCAGAGAGAGACCGCAGUGUGGACAAUCUAACACCACUGUCCUCGAGGAGGCCACAGGCAGAGCGUCAUGAAGGUCCCCUCUCCCACAGGGACCCCGAGUGGGAGCAGGGUGAAGAGCUGCUCUGCGACUUGUUCUCCGUGAGACGGGGCACCCAUGGAGAUCUGCGGCCCCUCCGACAGGUCACUCGUGCUGUGGCUGACCCCAGAUGCUCCAGGCACUUCUGCAGCCCAAACCAGAGCCAGGCUCCUACCAGCGAGCAGCCUCGCCUCGUGCAGAGCAGCCUCCGUUGCUGCACAGCGUCUCGAGCUCAGAACGAACUGGAGGCUGAAAGGGAAAGAGGGGAGGAAAAGGAGACAGCGUUCACCCUGACACAGCUCCGCGGGGAAGAGGAGCUUCUGGGCUGGCAAAGGGGUGGGCUCAGAGGGAUUGUGGUCAGGAGUGCGAGGGACGAGGGGGAACGGUGCGGACACCCUGGCUGAAGGGUUGUUGUGUGCCCAGCUGAGGCUCAGCUGGAGCUCAGGCAUGCCAGCACUCAGCCGUCCUUUCUAACCAGCUAAAUUUAACCUUUGCAGGCCACUGCCCCCCGCAGUCCCAAUGCUCCUGUGUCCUCAGCACACCACUUGUAACAGUCACCGAGCUGCAAAUGACACAAAAUUACAGUUUUUCCGGAAAACGGUUCUUGCACAAGAGCCCCAAAUAAGCACCUUGCACUAGACAGUGAUGCGUUUAAGUCGCACUGCAGAAGGGUUCACGUUCAAGGCAGCCUCUCGAAAGCGCUGAGUUGUGUCCAGUUCAGCGCAGCGAGGGGCUGCAUGCCCUGUGCUGGGAGAGCGAACCCAGAGCCCUGCUCUGGAGUGGCUGGUGCAGUAGGAACAGCAGAUCUUUCCAAGGAGCCACUCAGAACAGGAUAUAAAAUUAGACAGCGGUAAGAGGGGCAUCUGCCAGGCUCAGGAAGGGUCCCCGCAUGCUGACCUGGUCCCACCAGGUGCUGGAAAAAAUACCACAACAGAAACCAACCAAAAACUCCUACAAGUGGGUCUGCCUGUGCUGAGCUAUUUCCAGCACGGGGCUGGGGAAGGCCAGUCUGGGCAGGGGCCCUGGGUUCCUCCUGGGGAGCAGCACAUCCCACCGGAGAGAGCACAAGGAGAGCCGGGCUGGAGUGCCAGGCCUUUCACCGGAGAAAGGGAUCUCUCUCCUUGGCUGUUGAUGAAGCAAAGCCCCUCUCCCAGCUCUGCCAGCGGCCACGCUGGGCUGCCCGGGAGCCCUCCUCCUCCUCCCCCCAUGCGUGGUGCCGUUCCCAGCAGAGAGCUCUUCACCACGACAGAGGCACACGAAGCCCUUUAAGGGAGGGCUGGGCUGGGGAGAGCCUUGUGCCGACAGGGUUAAAGCCACAAGUUGGAUUCAGUAAAUGAAGGGAAACAAUUUUCCUGUAUGCUAAGCGAAGCAGAUGAGAUGCACUCAGCUUCUAUUUAGGGCAGCGUCAAAAUUAGCAGCGGGCCAGAGAGGAACAUUAGCAAUGUGGGAGCUGAUCGGGGAGGGGAAAAACCCCUCUCACCUCUUUCCCCGCGCCGAUCUGCUAAUGAAACAGUGGCUCAGACGGACCAUCUGAACCAUCAACAGUUGCACCUUGGAAAUCAAAUCUUGCUUGGGCUUGAACCGAGGAUGAACUACAUCUCUCACAGCUCUGCUGUGUUGGCUUGCGUGACCCAAAUUUCAGGCUAGAGGAAGAAGCCGGCUCAUUCACACGAAACCUCCCUCUAGCUCCCUGCAAACACACAGAGUAAAUCAGAGCAGUCACAGGUCCACAGGAGGAGUUUUGCCUUGCAGGGAGCAGCCGGGCAGCGCGUUGGUCAGAGCCCUCAGCUCAGGGCUUCCCCCAGCAGAGACCAGACUCCACCCGGGGCGCAUCCUGCCAGGGACCCUGCCUUUUCCUGUGUCAGGAUCUCUGCUCAAAACGUGUCCAGGAGAGGAAAGGAUGCUCUGAAUCAGUAGGAAGAGCAGCCGGUGCACGUGAAGUGCGGGACAGGGCUGGCUGCAUGCCUGGGUACCUCCCGGUACGGUGGCACCCGGAGGGGCAGGAGGCCGGUGCCCGCGGGCCAGCGUUAGGGCUUACACGUGCUGUGCCAGCUCAGGAGGUGGGGUGCCGCAGGGCCCGCAGCACCCGCUGACGCCAGGCUCCCUCCCGUGCUGCCCCAGCCAAACCGCACCCCGGGCCUGCGCCUCUCUAAUUAAAAUGCCCAGAUAUGACAAGGCACAGAGCACUUGGCUCCCUCCACUCGCAGUCUGCUCCUGGCCCCGAGGAACGAGCUGCACGGGCAGAUGGAUGUGCAAUCACACCCUGGGGCCCACCGUCUGCUACCGAGCUGUGCUUGCCCGGGGUUUGGCACAUCCAGGACGGUCAGGAGGCUCCCCAAGAGCCAGGACAUCCCCUAACGGGGCUGAGCACAGUCCUGUGAUAGCGCAGACACGCAUCCACCGGUCACCAUGGGCCCAAGACCCAGAGCCCUAAAUGGUUCCUGGGCAGCAGCUUUGCUUUCCAGCCCCGAGAUCACUUCUCACUCCACAGCUGGUGUCCCUGCCUGGCCUUGCCAACCAUCCUCCACCUCUAGCACCGCAACUGUCCAAAUUCUGCCCAGUGUUAUUUUCCUCUGGUCAGCCAGUCUCCAUCACGGGCAAAGCAGCAAACCAACCCCUUUUGCACUGGGCAGAGAGACCCGGGGCUUUUGCUGGCACCUGCGGGCUGGGGGCUGCUGGUGCUACAGAGAUCACCCUUGCGGCAGCCUCGGCUGCAAACGUGCUCGCCCUCAGCACGGGCACAGACACACACAUCUCUCCCCAUGCGGGGACCAGGACAAGCGUGGAGCCUCUGCUCCCCGACCGGGACAGGACAGGGACGGCCACCGUCCCAGGCAGGCAGACGCUCUGUACCUGGGGGUCAGAACUUUGUUCCCAUUUUCUGUGAGUGGUAUUUGCACCUGGAUGCUGCCGGCUUAUCGAAGAACUGAGCAACCUGGCUAAGGACAGCCUGGAGCAGGACUCGCUCACCUGAAACAGGCCUCCCUCGCUGGAAGGCAUCCAGGCUUUUGCAUACAUUGAUUUGCUGGUGGAUGAGCACACUGUUUAACCUGCCAGGUUGGAUCCAGGAUGUGUAAAACACAGCUGAGGUGUUGGAAAGGCAGCAAACAGCAGCUGCGGGGAGUGAUGGGGAGCCUGCUGCCGCUCCUCUCCCUGCACGAUGCCACCCCAGCGAACCUCUCUGCUCGGCCGGGACCGGCGGCUCUUCAGGAGGGGUCAGAUCCUGGUGCUGGGGCUGCCCCAAGCCCCUCCCUCUCCCAGGCUGCAGGUCACUGCCCUUCAGAGCACAAACACACACUACUUCCUCUUCGAUAAGCUAAAUAAAACCUUUUGCAGCCUCUGGCCAAGAAGGUCCUGGGCUGCCCAGCUCUGCCCCCCAGCACAGACCAGCAUCUCAUGGGGAAAUCCCUCAGAUGGCUGCUCUGGAUGUGCAGGUGAGGCCAAGGCUGAAGCGAUCUCAGACAAAGCAAAACAAAGUCAGAACAGAUUCCUGUGCCUAACCCCUCUCGGCCAUUUUCACUCAGAUUCAGGAAAGCCGUUAAACAAACGUAGAAGGCCUAAUUGCAAGAGCUAAACCACUUUCCACCUCCCAACACCUGAAGCCACCACAGCCCACAGCUGCCCUGCAGGGUUUCUGCCCUUGGACACUGCUGCCCACCGGGGUCUCUGCAGAGAAGAGCCCUUCUCUGACACGCUCCCGAGCCCCAUCCCGGGAUUGGCAGAGGAUGCAUUAAUUAUUUCCGUGCUAGUUUCACAUGGUGUUCCCAUGCCUGAGGUCCCCAAGGGUCCUGCCGAGCACACGGCGCUCCCUGGCAGGCAGACGAUGGGGGUCCUCGCUCCUUGCCCUGCACACACAUCCUGGGCCAGGAGCAGUAAGUCCUUGGUUGGAGCAGGGCAAUGCCACCAACACCGUGGCUUGGGCUUUCUGCUCCACGAUGCUGCUCCCAGGCAGCAACCUGUCCCCAGUCCCGCUUCAGCACCCAAGCAGCCCGUACCCACCUCUGGCCGUGGCUGCGCUCCCCCGCCACGCAUUGGCUGUCAGAAAUACCUUCCAACCUGGAUCUGGAGACAGUGGCUUCUCCCACAGCUUCCUGCUGCCCCCACAGGGUUUAAAGGCAGCUUGGGCAGAGCUGGAGGGCUCCCCACGAAGCCGCAGCAGCCGGGCGGGAUGCAGCUCUCUCUCCCUGCACUUGCUGCUGAGCCCCACCGAAAGCCUGUCCGAUGGCAGCUGCACGACAACGCGCUCCCCGGUCGCUCUGGGAUAUGGCUCCAGAGGCCCCCAGGUCAUCUGCCCUCCAUCUGCUCCGGCAGAGCCACGGCAUGUCCCCCAGCAAUUACUGCCACUGCCAUGUGCCAAAAGCACCGGCUGUACCAUGCAUGGGUGAAGUGUCCCCUUCAAAGGGAGCGCUGCCCAGCAAACCAAACUGCAGGCGCUCUCAUGAGCUACCCAAAGGGCCAAACCUUGUUCCUCCAUCAGAUCAGCUUCUACUUCACAGCCAGUGUCCCCACGGGGUGCUGGUCUGCCUUUGGCCCCCCUCUUCUCUUCCAGGCUCAGCUUCUUGCAGACCUGCCCCAACACAGUAAGGAUUCAUCAAGCUCGAGGACUGCUCACUCCAGCUUUACGCAGCCCUCCGAGGCGGCCGGCACUGCCCUACCUGCGGGCAGGACCCGCUGCCCAGGAGCAGGUGGACCUCGGCAGGUCUGGCACAGCAGAUCCAGCCCAGGAGCUGCUGCUCAAAGGUGGUCUGGCUCUGGUGUGUGGGCCAGGUCAGGGACAAGGUGA